UCUUCCAAAUGCAUCGACCUUAUAAUUCCUUCUCUCAAGUAGAUGGCGGUAGUGCUCCUUCUCAAGCUGCCAUCAAAAGAGAAGAAGAACCGUUGGAACAAAGUAAAGCUUUAGUUUUAUCCGGUUUUAGCGCAGCGGGAUCAUUUACAGUACAGCUGGUUGCCGAUAGUCAUCGAGUAAAGGUCAGUAACCUGGAAAUCUCGUCUUAUCAGGAUCAAGGCAUUCGCGUGACCGAGUAAUUUGUCAUGGCUGAGGUGCAGAUUCGUCGCUAUCGAGAAGAAGAUCAUGAAGAAGUAAAGGAGGUUUUUAGUAUUGGUAUGAGCGAGCACAUCCCAACUUCCUGCAUGCACGUUCUCAAACAGCCCCUAGCACAGAUGUUUCUGGGAUGUGUGUUUUGCGCUUUGCUGACCAGCUCAAAGUCCAUCCUUUUGCCUGUACUAGCAGUCACGCUGCUUUUGGCCGCAGGCCGUCAGUGUAUAAGUUACAUGUUCACUAAGUACAUCCAGACUAGCCUUGAUCAAGAUCUCAACCACAUUCAGCAGACCUACCUGGAUCCACCUAAUGCCUGCUUCUGGGUGGCAGAGAGCCAAGGUCGUGUUGUGGGUACAGUAGCAUGUUUACCUGCAGCGAAAGACGAGAACUUCCUGGAAUUGAAGCGGAUGUCGGUUAAAAAGACUCACCGUAGACAAGGCAUUGCCAAAGCGCUGUGCCGUAUGGUGACAGACUUCGCUCGUGAACGUGGUUAUCUAGGAGUGAUGCUUCAUACCUCGGUGGUCCAGACGGAUGCACAGAAGCUCUAUGAGCAUAUGGGCUACCAGAAGAUCAGAGAAUUUCAUGCUCCAGAGUUUAUUGCCAAGCUGACUAAUUACACAUUGAUAGAGUACCAACUCAUCAUAAAACAAGAUCACAACUGAAACUGAGAUCUGCAAUUUCACUAAGCCCACCAUGCUGUUGAUGAACAGGCUUUUUAACAAGUCACUUUUUAUAUAUUUUUUCAAAUCACUAAAGAAGCACACCACUAUUAUCAUUUGUCUAUUUCAUAAUCAUUAACUUUAAAAAAAAAAAAAAAGGGGGGGGACUAAAAGGGAACUAUUUUUUUUUAUAAGAAACUGUUCAUAUAGGGGAAAAAAAAAUCUAUUUCUUGUAUGAGUUCAAAUUAUUGUUUUAAAAAUCUUAUUUACUUUAACAACCAUGAAUUGGAGCCAAACAAGGUGUCCAGAUCUUGUCUGAACACCAUUAAUGUACCUGUCAAUGAAUAUUUAACGAAUAUAUUCAAUAUUUGGAAGUGUACUUAUAUAGCCUGUCCUCUUCUAUGAAAAAACAGUGCAUUUAUUUUCUAUAAAUGUAUUUGGUCAACAGAGGCAUGAGAUGUAAAUGCCUUGAAACCGACUGAUGGUGUUUAACAGGAACUGCGUGCAGUUCCAAUGAUGUGAUACAUUUCCACCUCCUUAGCACUGAUGUUGAUUACAAUGUGACAAUUACGUAUCUGUAUUAAUAGUUUAUGCUUAUUAACAAAAAACAUAAUCAUCUCUCCACUAUUAUCAGAUGACCUAUAGUUGACCUUUUUCUGCUUUUUUGAUUGUCCUGUGACUGAAUGAUUAAAUGACUCUAAACAUGUAAUGCAACUGGAUAAAUUGCUUUUUUCUGAUGAGACCAAAUGUAAUUUGUUGUAAUGAGAAAUUAAUAAAACCUUUUUAAAAUGUA